GGGCAAUAGGUUGGACAAGUCUUAGAGUGUUUCUGCCAUACACUCUAAUGACCUUUUACUCAUCUACUGUUGUCAAUCUAAACAAUGAAACAAAAAAACCAUCAGACUAUUGCAUAAAAUAAUGAUAUUUCCUUUAGAAGAACAUAUACAUUCUCUGCAGUGAACUGUAAGAUAAAUAGUUGACACUAAGAAAAGGAUUUAAAAUUGGCAACAAAAUGUAUCAUAUUUAAUACAUUAAAAGAACACUCUUUAGCUGGGUAUUGAUUAACCUUUGUUGUACACUUGACUUAACCUGAAGCCAUCUAGAAAGAGGAAACCUCUAUUGGAGAAUAGUCUUCAUUUAAUUAUUAAUCAUUGUCUUCAUUAUUAACUGAUGAACGAGGGCCCAGCAUCCUAAGCUUGUUUGUAGCUGAACAGUUAGACAUUACUAGAAACUGAUAUAUCAAACAAGGGAGUAGAAGCCUUGUGCCACUUUCUCUUUCCUCAGCCUGUGCAUCACUUCCUCUGUAUCCUUUAUAAAUGUGACCCUGGGUUUCUGAAGUCAGAGCGCUGAAGCUGAGAAAACUAACUAUAUACAGUGAGAAUUUUUAGAAAUAACAUAUGUGGGAGGUUUCUCAUAAGCACAGGAGUACCUUAUAUCACAUCUGCACCCUCAACUAUCUGAUUCCUGUGUUGACCAUGCCUGGGUGGAGCUGCCUGGUGACAGGAGCAGGAGGGUUUCUUGGCCAGAGGAUUGUCCGAAUGUUGGUGCAGGAGGAAGAGCUGCAGGAGAUCAGAGCCCUGUUCAGGACCUUCGGUCGAAAACAGGAAGAGGAAUUGUCCAAGCUGCAGACAAAGGCCAAGGUGACAGCACUGAAGGGAGACAUUCUGGAUGCCCAGUGCCUGAAGAGAGCCUGCCAGGGCAUGUCUGCUGUCAUCCACACCGCUGCUGCUAUUGACCCCCUUGGUGCCGCUUCCAGACAGACCAUCCUAGAUGUCAAUCUGAAAGGUACUCAGCUCCUACUGGAUGCUUGUGUGGAAGCCAACGUGCCAACAUUCAUCUACAGCAGCUCAGUGCUUGUGGCUGGACCAAAUUCCUACAAGGAGAUCAUCCUGAAUGCCCAUGAGGAGGAGCAUCAUGAAAGCACAUGGUCUAACCCAUACCCAUACAGCAAAAAGAUGGCUGAGAAGGCAGUGCUGGCAGCCAAUGGGAGCAUCCUGAAAAAUGGUGGCACUUUGCAUACUUGUGCCUUAAGACUCUCUUUCAUCUAUGGGGAAGAAUGCCAAGUCACUUCAACCACUGUGAAAACAGCACUGAAGAACAACAGCAUAAUUAAGAAAGAUGCCACAUUCUCCAUUGCCAACCCAGUGUAUGUGGGCAAUGCAGCCUGGGCUCACAUUCUGGCUGCCAGGAGCCUACAGGACCCUAAGAAGUCCCCAAGCAUCCAAGGACAGUUCUAUUACAUUACAGAUGACACCCCUCACCAAAGCUAUGAUGACUUAAAAUGCACCCUGAGCAAGGAGUGGGGCCUCCGCCUUGAUACCAGCUGGAGUCUUCCUCUGCCCCUGCUCUACUGGCUUGCCUUCCUCCUGGAAACUGUGAGCUUCCUGCUACGUCCAGUCUACAACUAUAGACCACCAUUUAACCGCCUCUUGAUCACAGUGCUAAAUAGUGUAUUCACCUUCUCCUACAAGAAGGCUCAGCGAGAUCUGGGCUAUGAGCCACUUGUCAGCUGGGAGGAAGCCAAGCAGAAAACCUCAGAGUGGAUCGGAACACUAGUGAUGCAGCACAGGGAGAUUGGAAACAAAAAGUCACAGUGAUAUGAAGAGGGAGAGGACAUGGCCCUGGGUGUUAUUAGGUCCUCCAGAAAGGGACUUAGAAACAAUCCAACUCUUAACAAUUCCAUUUUACACUCUGUCCAACUUGUCUUUGGGUCACCAGAAGCCUUGCAAGUCACUGGCCCAGUUGCAACCCUUCAGCUCUAAGCACUUGUCCAGCAAUGCACAAGAUGUGCCUCAGCUGCUGUGACCCAAGGAUGGGUGGCUGAUAGUGAGUUGCCUGGAACCUCUUGUAGGUUAGAAUUUCAUCAGGGCUUCCACAUCUCCUUUCCAUGUGCCAACGCAUUUCGUGUCUGAGAAAAUUCCCAUACCUUUAUGAAGCUCAAAGAAAAGAACAAUAAAAUCUUUUAAUGCUUAAUGUGGAAAA